UUGCCGCCAGUGGCUCGGCAGCCCCGGAGCCACCUGGACCCUCACCGGCCUCCCGUCCCGCGAGCAGCCUCCUGCCAUGGGCCCUGCCUCCGCCGCAGCCUGGCUCGCGGCCUGCUUGGCUGUGGCUUCUGCGGCCUCUCAGGGUGACACCCCACCUCCCAGGAAGAAGCAAGUGGGACCAGAGCACCUCCCCCCAUUCCUUCAGGAAGUUGGCUAUGCAGCGCCCCCUGCACCCCCUUUGACCCGAUUCUCCUCCAUGGCUGACCUGGCAGUCUAUGAGGAUGGGCCUGGCUUCGAGGAACAGACUGAAGUGCAGCCCCGCUUACAGGAAGGCCCCCCACUGCAGGAGGAGGAGCUGCCCCCCGCCCAGCUCCCCAAGGACAGGAAAGAGAAUAUCUCUGCCCCUUGGGAAGCCGUCCCCCAAGAAGAAGAGCGGGGGCCCAUGGAGCAGAAGGAGGAAGAGCCGCCGUUCCCAGACCAGAAGGAGAUGGACUUUCCCUCCAGGCAGCCGCAGCAAGAGGCAAGGCCAGUGCCCUCCUUGGACCAGGGCCAUCCACAGCCCGAGACCUGGGGUGCCCCCUCCCGCUGUCCUCACGGCCGGUCCCGCGGGGGCUUGGGCCACCGACUGGACGGCUUCCCCCCCGGCCGGCCCUCGCGGGAGAACCUGGAGCGGAUCUGCCUGCCCACCCGGCAGCACGUGGUGUACGGGCCCUGGAACCUGCCGCAGACCGGCUACUCCCACCUCACGCGCCAGGGGGAGACCCUCAACCUGCUGGAGACGGGCUAUUCCCGCUGCUGCCGCUGCAACAACCACGUGAACCGCCUGGACUGCGCCGAGUUCGUGUGGGAAGACAGCCUGGACAGCUACUGUGACCGGGAGCAGUCCGUGAAGACCCACCACCACUCGUGCUGCCAGUUCCCGCCGAGCCCGGCCCGUGACGAGUGCUUCGCCCGAAGGGCCCCGUACCCCAACUACGACCGGGACAUCCUGACGGUCGACCUCAGCCACAUCACCCCCAACCUCAUGGAUCAUCUCUGUGGCAACCAGAGGGUCCUCAGCAAGCACAAGCAGAUUCCCGGGUUGAUCCAGAACAUCACGGACCGCUGCUGCCAGGUGCCGUUCCCCGAGCAGACCUGCUGUGCUGAGGACGAGAAGUCCACCUUCAUCGAGGAGCUCUGUGGGCCCAGGAGGAACUUCUGGAGGGACCCCGCCCUCUGCUGUGACCUGCACUCCGCGGACGAGCAGACCAACUGCUUCAACGUCUACUACCUGCGGAACGUGGCCGUGGUGAACGGGGACAUCGGGCUGGGGGAGCCCAGCCCCACGGCGGACGCAGACACCCGGCCCACCUCCGAGCCCGAGCGCAGCGGAGAGUGAGUCAGCCCAGGGCCUCGGCUGCAACCUCAGCGCGGGGAGCCACACCCCAUCUGCCUCCUCCAGUGCUGAGCGCUGUAAACAGGCCUCACAGUUGGCAGCUGGGCCGGGACAUGUCACACACCCUCCCAGGGCGCUCCUCGCGGGGCCCGGCCCGGGCUGGGCCGGAGCUGCAGCACCAGCAGUGCCGGGACCGCGACCAGGCAGCUUUCCCUCCCACUCUGUCAUCCCGACUUGGCCACCAAUUAAACGCAGCGU